UUUGCAGUCCGGACGCAGCCCCGUUCAGUCCCAGCCCAGGCCGACGACGGCAGAGAGCGAGCCGCCGCCGCCGCCGCACCCUCGUGCCAGGUUACACGGUGUGAAAAUGUCAGGAAGGGCUUUGAAAGAUCUCAAUGUUUCUCAGUCAGCAGACCUGGAGAACGGAAAAGACAAUUCUGUGAAAUCCUGCAUCACCAAGCCUGUGUUGAAUGGCAACAAAUGUGCCAACAAGGAAGAAAAGGCUCCGUCUGCUUGCCACGACGCUGUGACUAAUGGAAAUGCGGCUGCCAUUGCAGAUGUGGAGUACAUUGAUUCUGAAAAUCUAGUAGAUCUCCCAGAUGUCGAUGCAGCUCUAAGUACCUUAGCUAAAAGAUUGGAUUCAAAGGACUGGGUUAUGACAUGUGAAGCUCUCAACAAUGUUCGUCAGUUGGCAAUGUAUCACAAGGAACGAUUGCAGGAGCUUCUGGAGCCUCUAGUCCCUCUUAUCGUGAAAUCUGUGAAGAACCCAAGAAGUGCUGUAUGCAAAACUGCACUAAUGACUUGUGCUGACAUCUUUAAGGCCUAUGGUGACUUAAUGGUUCACUCAAUCGAUCCACUGCUAGUACAACUGUUUCUGAAGGCUUCACAAGAUAAGCGUUUUGUCUGUGAAGCUGCAGAGGCAGCUCUUAUAUCGAUGACAAGUUGGAUCUCCCCUUUACUACUCUUGCCAAGAAUGCUGCCUUACCUCAAGAACAAGAAUCCACGGAUCCGAGCAAAAGCAUCAGUGUGUUUCAGCAAGAGUGUACCACGCCUUGAUGUGGUGGGAAUCAAAGAAUAUGGUAUGGAUAAGCUCAUCCAAAUUGCGGCAACCCAACUUAGCGACCAGCUUCCUGAAUCAAGGGAGGCUGCUCGCAACCUGGCACUGGAACUGCAAGCAUUCUAUGAGAAGUCUCAGGCCUCAACUUCUGACGAACACGAGGUCGAGGCCUCUGCCUCGCCAGAUGCUGAAUCAUGGGAGGCUUUCUGCCAGUCCAAGCUCUCCGCAUUAAGUGCCCAAGCCAUUCUUCGUGUGACCUCUACUACUACAAAAGAGUGCGUCACCUCUGCCCCAAAAGAAGGGUUGGCUGUGGGUUGCUAGCACAAGCCACAGGGGAGAUAUUGCGAUUUUUCACCCUGUUCGCUGUUUUGCUGUACAUGCUUUUGGUUUGUCCUGCGGUGCACCCAGUCGUGAAAAGGUUAAUCAUUGGUUCAGGAGUUCAGGUGUGACCACGGUGUUAAUAUUGGUGUGGGAUAUAUAUCCAUUAUAGUUGGUUGUAC